GUAGCAUGUUUAGCUUAGCCUGUCGAGUUAAGGUGGCAGCGGGACUGCGCUGUGCACGUUUUUUUCUUUUCUUUUCCAUGCUGGCUGUAGAGGGAGACAGACAUAAUGGUAGCUCUCUGUGAAGCAAGGAAAACAGGAUCCAAACCGGGGACUUUCCAGCGUUUUGUCUGAAAUGUAUAUUUUGUGUAAUAGCAGAUCGCACUGUGUGAAUCGGCUUUGAAGGGGAAAGCUGUGUCUGCAGCUCAGCGCUGAAGUCUGCCGCCAGGAGUGACCGUGGCCGCGGACUGUGGUCGUGGAUUCGUUGUUCUGGUGCAGGAGUUGGAUCGCCGACCUUCGACAUCAGUGGAUUUUUUUUUUUUUUUUUUUUUUUUUUGGUCGUGACAGGGAGUACAGCUUCUACAGGUCACAUGGGAAUGACCAAACGUUGUGCACAACGGGAGUAAAGGACUAAAAAAAAAAGGAGUGCAGCAAAAAUCUGUUAAUUUUGGCCAAAUCAUUUUUUAUUGAGACAAAAUUUUGGAUGUGUCUUGGAGAUAUUUAAAUAAUAAUAUUUAUAUCUCAGAAAAAUAAGUGAUUUGAGUCAGUGUGUCAUUUCUCUGCAUGAAAUCAUUCCUGUCCUACUGCCUAAGACUCAGAAAUUAUUGUAGGUAAAUAUAUUGGUUUUAAACCUCGAACCAGGACAUCACUGAUGAAUUGUGGUGAUCCCAGACCGUGAGAUUUAUUUUUGCAGAUUUGUUUAGACUUGGUUACAUAUACAUACAGUAAUAUUAUUAAUUUCUAUUAUGCUAUUAAUUUAUUCUAUAAUUAUAUUGCUUAUAAAUUAUGUUUAUAGUGUAAUAUUUAGUUGUUGUUUUUUUUUAAAUGAAAAUACAAAUACAAAACGCUUAAUGUGGGAUUAUUAAAGCAAUAGUCUGACAUUUUUUUGAUUAUUAUAAGUUCAAUAAUUUAUUUAUUACAAACGUUGAAAGCUGCUGAACGAAGCUUCAACAUGUGAAGAGCUGCUGCUUCUAAUUCCAGAGGUUUGAGGUUCUGCAGGUGUUUUCAGGAUCCUGCUGAGCGACGGAACCAGAAAGCCCAGGAAACAUCUUCAGCUGUGGUUCUGGAAAACAAAGAGACAUCUGGACCUGCUUCACCUGCAGGAGACAGAAGAUUCACAGUGUUCAUCCAGGGAAACAUUAAAACGUUCCCUCAUGUGUGUUCAGAAGACGUUUAAGGUCAAAUGUACUAUUCCAACGUCCUGCUGGUUUAGAAGUUCAGACGUCAGCUGUUUUCACAUUUCAAGGUCUACCUUUUGUUUUGUGUGGGACGUUUUUACACAGCAAACAGUCAAAAUGAUUAUUUUAUUAACUGGUGGACAACCAACACUUUAAAUUCCCAUGUUAAGACGUUCUUUAAUCUGGAAAUCUAGUGUUAGCUUAGCACAAAGACUGGAAAUGGGGAGAAACUGUUAGCCUGUCAAACCACUGGAUGUCAUUGGUUUAAUCAGAAACUGUUCUGAGGGCUUCUUCCAGCAGGGUUUUAAAAAGGAUCCUCAAAACUUUGAUUCCUCCUGAACUCUGAGCAGCAGUUUCUGUGUUUUUUGCUUCUGUCUUAUUUUUCUUCACUGUGGUUCAUUUUUUCUGCGAUCCAAAGUCCUGCAGCUCCAUAGAAACAAACUCUGUGACAGUUUUUUCUCUUUUCCAAUUUUUUUGUGGCUCAUUUUUGUCUUUUAGUGUCCUGUUUUGGUCUUUUUAUUUGGUCAUUUUGGUUUUCUGGACUGUUUUAAACUCUCUUUUGAUAGGUUUUGGACUUGGUUCAGAUUUUUUUAGACUUGGAUUUUGCCUGGAUAAUGGACUGUUCUUCAAGUUAGAGUCUGAACUGGUUUUAAACUGAGCCUUGGUCUUGAUUCUGGACUGUCCUCCCAACUGCGAGUUGAUUGGUUUUUGCACUGAGUUCCAGCUUUAUGUUAGACUUCGCUUUUGACUGGUUUUGGAUUUGGUUUUGAGUUAGUUUGGGCCUGGUUUUGCACUGAUUGUUAACUGAGUUUUAAAUGGUUACAGAUUUGGUUUUCGGACCAGUUUGCACUGGGUCCAUAAUUUGUUUUGGACCUGGUCUGUAACUGUCUUUCAAGUUUGAUUGUGAAUUGGUUUUAAAUUUGGUUCUACACUGCCUUCGGACUGGGAGUUGAUUGGUGUUUGGACCAAGUUCCAAUUUUGUGUUAAAGUUGAUUUUUGACUGGUUUUUAAUUUCGUUUUGUGCUAGUUUGGUACUGGGUUUAGACUUGGUUUCAGACUAAUUUUUAACUAGAUUUUUCAGUUUGGCUUUGGACUGGUUUUGAAGUUAAUUUUAAUUGGCUUUGGAUUUAAUUUUUGAACUACAUUGGUCUAGAUUCAGACUUUAUGUUAGACUUGGUUUUUGGCUGGUUUUAAAGUGAGCUCUAGACUUGGUUUUGGAGGGUUUUUGAUCAUGUUUUUAGUAGGCUUUAGAUUUGCACUCUAGGUUUGGACUAAUUUUAAGCUAGAUUUUUUGAUUUGGUCGUAAAAUAAUUUCGACCUGGUUUUAAACUUGGUUUGGGGCUAAUUUAAACUGGCCUUUGGUCUUGUUUUUAACUUGGGAAUUCUGCUAUCUUGAUGCUUUAUGUAAAACACAAAUAAACAAAGAACUUCAAACAAAGCUUUGUGUUGCAGUUUGGGUUUUUCUAAACUUUGACGCCAGGAUUUUUACUUUUGUUUCCAAAUAUCGACCUCCUUGAUCGCUCAUAUCGGUCCUGAAAGUCCUUUUUAAAACUCCGAUUGAGAGUUUUGUUUGAGGAAACUGGUGUGAUGGAGCAGAAAGUGUCUUAAAUAUAUAACGGCAACAUCUCCUCGGCAGGUGUCCUCCAUCAGUGGGGGGUUUCUCUGUUUUCUGAGCAUUAUCAUGAGAAAAGAGGCCGUGUGAUGCAGCGUGAAGAGGAGGCCUCGCUGUGGUUUCCUGUCAGUAGGUGGGAGGAUGUUGAGUCGGUUGCAGCAGCGUUUUCUCGGAGCGCUGCAGCUUCAGAACAGCAGCGACGCUCUGAACAAACAGUCACACCUUCAACCGGUUGCUGUGAAGCACUUUGAGCUCCUCCACUUUCCACCAGCAGCUUGAGACAAAGAGCUGAAUCGGCCUCCAGGCUUCGCUCACCGCAGCACAAACGUGAACUUUACUGCUGGCUGGUUGGUUGACGAGUCACCUGAGUCGGUUUGUGGCGGGAGCUGAAGCCUUCAGACAGGUGAUUGGAUGCAACGAUGACGGCGAAUCAGUGACGCAUCAUCAGAUCACCACCGAGGAAGAAGCAGCGACGUCGUCCUCAGACAUGGCCGAUGUUCGGUUACAGUAGUCGACCCAUGUGGACCAGAUAUACCAGAAGGAGACCCCGAACUUCACCAAUCCUCCGACUCCAAACCAACCCUCACUCCAAUCCGUUCGUCCUCAGGUGUCGAUGAACCAUGGACAUCACCUGGCUCUGCGUCGUCUUGUUCGUCGCCGUCGUCAUCGCUGUCGUCCUCCUCGUCUUCACCUGUGUGAACUGCAGGAAAAAAGGCCCCAUGGCCUCCAUCACUCAGACCGCUUCAGACGCGUAUGUGCCAUCCCCGCAUUUCAGAGUCAUCCAUCCAUCCCAGCCGACCACUGACCCGAACUCCCUCCGCCCUCCCGUCAGCCAUCCGUCACCUUUCCCAAAUCGAGCUGAUGGUGGAACUGUGUGGCAACCUUCACCCUACCAUCCAUCAGAAACAGAGAGUAACCCAAGUUAUGAGAAUCCAGGUAUUGGACCUGAAUCUUUGGAGAGCGACGCUGAUGAAGCCGGAUCCGGAUACAUAAUCGUGAUACCCGAAGGACAAGAUCCUGUGACCAAUCGAAGCGGAGCCUCAACGCCCAGUUCAGAUGUUCAGAACGACCACGACUAUGUGAACAUCGCAAAGGAAGCUUCAACAGACUAUCUGAAUGUGGACUCGAUGUACAAUCAAAGGCCGACAUCAGCGACAACGGCUACAACUGACAGCGACGACGACGAUGAUGACGAUGAAACAGGAAACUACGUGAACCAACAACCUAUGAUCCACAGCUAACCAGGUGCAGGAUGGGACAAGACGACCGACUGAGCUUCAUUCUUCUUCCUUCACAAAACUGCUGACGGUGUUUAUUUAAAGAGCUGAGAGAUGUUUCCCCACCGAGAACUGAGAAUUCCUGCUCGUGUUCAACGUCACGUUUAAAUUCAUUUUAGGUUUUUUUUAUUACCUUUUCAAUCAUCACUUCUUUCCUACAAUCUGAAUCUGUCCUCCACACAGAGGAGCUACCAUGUUUGAGCUUUACUUUGACUUUACUGACAAUCCUGAGAAUGUCUUGAUUCGCUAAUGAUCUAUUUGUGUUGUUGCCGUGGUUACUGUUGUCUCCAGGUCUAUAAUCCAACUGUGUGAACGAGAAAUGUUUUUAAGCAACUACAAUUCAAUUAAACAUAUACAAACCUCGAA